GAUUGAUUCAACGUUUUAUCCAACGGCCGCUUGGCUGGGUAUUCCAGCGAAAUACCAGCCCAGUCUUAAAGUUUAACUUUAGCAAUCUCAUUUCCAUUCCAGACGAACCUACAAUUACAACGACAUUGUAAUACGCCAUCAACAUGGCACCCGUACUCCCUAACCUCGAAGCACACGCCCGCAACCUCAUCACCGCAGCCCGCGAUGCAGCCCACCACAUCGCCGGCCGCUCCUCCAGCGCCCUAGCCCCAACGACCGAAGCCCUGCGAGAAGCCGGCCCCUUCGUCGCGCACUCCAUCCUUCUCAGCCGCGACGACGUCUCCUCCACCACGACCACGACCAAGGUGGACCCGCACAAGGGCGUCGUCAGCCCCAAGAACAUCAACAACACCUUCGUGUUCGUACUCUUUGGCUUGAUCGGCGCCGCCUUCGUCUGCGCCGGCAUCUGGUUUUUCUUCUGGGCUAAGAACGGGGGAUUCUACUUCAAAGAGAACGACUGGGAGGACUACAAGUCGACGGUGCUGCGCCGCAAGGGCCCGAACGGCACGAUCCUGUCCGGCGCCACGCCCAGCACCCAGCUCGGCGGCGGGUCCGUAUACAAGGACGUGGACGACGGCGCGACCGAGUACACGGGCGGGCUGACGCAGAUGACGGGCGACACGGGCGACACGGGCAGCACGCUAACGGGCAUCACGGGCGGCGCCUCGGACGUAACGGGCCGAGAACGUCGGCGCCAGAAGCGAGAGCGCAAGGAGCGCGAGCGCGAGAAGAAGAAGGACCGGCGCAACCGCGAGAAGUCCGGGCGCCGCGUGGGCGAGGACGGCGUGCUGGUGGACGAGGAGGCCGAAGCCGCGGCCAAGGACCAGCUGCGCGCGUACCGGCACGAGAAGGCGGCGCGCGUGGGCGGCAUCAACAAGGAGGCCGAGAGCAGCCAGUGGGACGGCAGCACGAACCGGGACGACUCGACGACGGCCGGCAGCGAGCUGCUGAGUAACCGCCAGAGCACGCCCACGAACACGCCCACCAAGUCCGAGAUGAAGGAAGUUAAGAACCAGCAGCGUGCCGCGGGAGGAGGGAUUAGGAAGGUGUACAGCACGGCGGACCGCAACGCGGAGCGCGAGGAGCGACGCGAGGCUAGACGUUUACGGGAGGAGCAGCGUAAGGCGGGGAGUAGCGGCGGCGGCGCAGGGGUCAAGCGCGAUUUCAGUUUCCAGCGCGCGAGGGCCGCGCCGCAUGUCGCGGCUAGCGCCGUCUCCUCGUCGGUGCAGGCUAGUACUAUCCAGGAGGAAGGCGAGAGCGCCGUGGGCGAGAACAGCGGCAGCAGAUUCCUCCCUCCUCCGCCGGGCGGCUGGGCCAGCGAGGUCGGCACCGAGAGCGAUGUGGGGACUAAAUCGUAUCACCACGUCAUCCCGGGUAUCUCGCCCAGCACGGUUGCCGGGAGUAGUAGCGCUAGCGGCGUUGGGAGCAGUGUGACGGGCACGGAUGUUAGGGACUACGCGGACGAGAAGAGGAAGAAGCGGUCGCAGCGCCAUCGGAGGGAGUAAAAGGGGGAUUUAAGUGGUCAAUGAGGUAGGGGGAAUGAGUAGGAAGUUUGGGGGGACCGGAUUAAGGGGGCCCAAUUGACUCCUUAGCUAUUGGUAGGGAAGGGGUGUGUGUAUGUGCUGGGAUGGGACGGAAAAGGUCGCGGCUUCGAGGCCGUU